UGUUUAUUUCAUAUUCUCUUUCUCUCUCUCUCUCUCUCAUAUUCAUGAUUCGAUAACUUCAGUUGUUUCAUUCAUUGUUCCUUGUCAAUUGGGCAACUUAUUGGAAACUUCAGUUGUUUCAUUUCAUUGUUCUUUGUCAAUUGGGCAACUUAAUCCAGAAAACAUGGCAGCGGCAACGUCUGGAAGAUCGUUAGAGCAAACGCCGACGUGGGCUGUUGCCGUAGUCUGUUUUGUUUUGGUCUUGAUUUCAAUAAUCAUUGAACACAUAAUCGAACUUAUAGCAAAGUGGUUAAAGAAGAAACACAAAAGCGCCCUUUACGAAGCACUAGAAAAGAUCAAAUCAGAGCUUAUGUUAUUGGGGUUCAUAUCCUUGCUCUUAACUGUGGGACAAGGACCAAUAUCAAACAUAUGCAUAUCACAGAAAAUUGGCAACACUUGGCAUCCGUGUGGCAAGAAGCAAGAAGACAAAUUGAAUAAGGAAGAGGAUUUGGAGUAUGUGGAUGAAACCCCGAGCAGGAGACUGCUCUCUCUGUUUAACGAGACGGGCGGUGGCUCACGCCGUGUUCUGGCUGCUGCUGGCACCGACAAAUGUUCAGCAACGGGUAAAGUACCUUUUAUAUCUGCGGAUGGUAUUCAUCAACUGCACAUUUUUAUCUUCGUGUUGGCUGUUUUCCAUGUCCUUUAUUGCAUCCUCACAAUGGCUUUAGGAAGAGCCAAGAUGGGAAGUUGGAAGCGGUGGGAAAAGGAAACAAGAACAGUUGAAUAUCAAUUUUCUCAUGACCCAGAGAGAUUCAGGUUUGCAAGGGACACAUCUUUUGGGAGGAGGCAUAUGAGUUUCUGGACCAAAACACCUUUCCUUAUGUGGAUAGUUUGUUUUUUUAGACAAUUUGUAAGGUCCGUUCCCAAAGUGGAUUACUUAACCUUGCGGCAUGGGUUUAUCAUGGCACAUUUGGCACCCCAAAGCCAUCAGAAUUUCAAUUUCCAAAAAUACAUAAACAGAUCACUUGAAGAGGAUUUCAAGGUAGUUGUGGGAAUCAGCCCUCCAAUUUGGUUCUUUGCGGUGAUAUUCAUACUUUUUAACACCCACGGCUGGUAUACUUACUAUUGGCUACCGUUCAUCCCAUUGAUUAUCAUCCUCUUGGUGGGGACCAAGCUACAGGUGAUCAUCACGAAAAUGGGUCUUCGAAUUCAAGAAAGCGGAGAGGUUGUAAAGGGGCUUCCUGUGGUUCAACCUGGUGAUCAUCUCUUUUGGCUCAACCGCCCUCGUCUCAUUCUCUACCUCAUCAACUUUGUUCUCUUUCAGAAUGCCUUCCAGCUUGCUUUCUUUGCAUGGAGUUGGUAUGAAUUUAGCUUGAAAUCUUGUUUUCACGAGCACACUGAGGACGUGGUCAUCAGAGUUUCAAUGGGGAUCCUCAUACAGAUUCUCUGCAGUUAUGUCACUCUACCCCUCUAUGCCCUUGUCACACAGAUGGGCUCAACCAUGAAACCAACCAUAUUCAAUGAAAGAGUAGCCGCAGCUUUACGCAACUGGCAUCACACAGCCAGGAAGCACAUAAAGCAGAACAAAGGCUCCGUAACCCCAAUGUCUAGCAGACCAGUCACUCCAUCCCACCACACGUCCCCCGUCCACCUCCUUCGGAACUAUCGGAACGAAGUGGAUAGUUUCCAUGCAUCACCAAGAAGAUCAAAUUUCGAGGGUGAACGUUGGGCCAACGAAUCACCCUCCCCCUCACACCACCUCCAUGUAGAUGGCAGUUCAUCCUCUUACCACCACCAUAUUGAAAUGGGAGAUGUAGACCGUGAGAGGGUUGAUGUCAAUGAACAAAAUUCGGUUGAUGGGAAAACUACAAUAACUGAUACUAGUAUUACUGUCAUGGAACCUGCUCAAACACAACACGAAAUUAACAUGGAGCGGUCGAAAGACUUCUCAUUUGACAAGAGGCAACCUACACAAUAGCUCGAAAAUUUGUUGCAUUAUGCAUUAGAGAUCGGCAAUGAUGGUGACAAUGAUGACAGCAAGGACGAUGACGCAAUGAUCGGAGAGAAUGGAGAUGCUUGAAGCCACACAUUUUGCAUCCUGCCGAGUAGUGUUUUUUUUUUUAAUAUAUAUUUUUUACUCAUUUAUGUUCUUGAUUUGCUUCAUAUUUGGCAGGGAUGGAGAUACACAUGCAGUGACUGUCUCAAUUGUUUUACUGUGCCUUUAUGUUAUAGCAUUUUUUCUGUAAAUAAAUGCCUCUAAAUCUUAAGCACAAAGUCACGAUCCUGAAUGCCAAAGAGCAUUAAUAUUCUGUUUGAAGAGUUGAUAAUUGCCUCUCACAAUAUAUAUGCAGUUGAUGACUUUUGGUGAUUUUCUA